AUGGCUACUGCGGUUCGCUGGAUGCCUAUUGUGGAGCUGGAUGUCAGGGAAAGUUUGGAAUUUGUCGUUCCAAUCCAGUCGGGACAAAAGUAAUGCGUACUGCGGCAAGGGAUGCCAAGCGGAGUUUGGAGACUGCGACCGUGCCACCAACCCAAGCUCGUCUUCGACAUCUGCGUCGAACACAGGCUUCUCUACCUCGGUAUUAUCCCUAAAUGCGCCUACUAUAUCGAUUUCGACUACAGUUUCGGAGACAAGCUCGUCCUCAGAGCUUAUGGCUACUCUCAAACUAGACUCACCGACAUCAACCUCGAAAUUAAGUUCGUCCUCGACUUCCAGUUCCUCUAUUACAGAGACAUCCAUCUCUCCUACAAUUUUUUCUUCGGUCGCUUCAACCGCUUCAACCUCUUCGACCUCUUUGACU